CCUACCAACCAUCCCAGUCCAGGUUCCCACGCUACUCCCCUGUCCCCGGAGCUCGGAGUAAGCCUACCGUCUAAUUUACUCGUUCUGGAAAGGUCAGGAAUGGUCAGGUCUUGCUGUUCCAGCGAGCCAACCCUUCCAUUUGAGUACUCUCCGGAAGCCACGGGCAAGCUGAUCAUCCUAUAUCCCGUAUGUUUAUACAAUCAAGGAUUUCAGUGACGGCUGUCCGUGGAAACGUCAGAGACGACUUUCGCAACCUAAUCAGGCAUCUAUUGCACCCACCUUGGUGUUCGGUGCCAAGAAACCGUUGCCUUUGCACUCUGCAGGCUCUCGGCGCUCAAGGCUUGUCUCGCAUGGAUAAGAAACACCACAGGACUCCGUGCUCUUUCCCGCGCAGAUCGCCGCAUGCUUCGCAUCGUUGCUUGCGGACACUCUCAGAGGCUACUCAGCCACCACUACUGGUAGGACCACCCACCGAGUGGCUACACAUCUGCACGCAACGGAGUCCGAAUAACGUCCGGCUUACAGACAAUCCCCGGAUGAGGAAAGCCACUCUAGAGCAGUCGAUACGGGGUCCUGCCAAUUGAGCAUUCCGUUAAUCUUUCUGCAAUUUAUUACGGCACCGCGUCCCCCUAAUCCGGACCCACCGACUAAAAUAUGACCACAGCAGCGUCAGCCAGUCACCACGACCUGAGGAGUUGGUGGCGUUUUCGCAAACAUCCCAGCAGGCACUAGGCUCUAGUCGAUUA